UUUAUAUAAAACCCGGACCCAGACCCGACCCGGGUAUUGUCAAUACCCGAUUUUGUAGAACCCGAUCGUACCCGAACCCGGUUCCAUACCCGGAACCGGGUAUUCAGCAAACCCGAUUUGUGCACCACUACUAGUUAUGGGUGUCGAAGUGUCGGUUAAACAAUGGCAACUUGAAGAGGUUGAUCAUAUCCAAAUCAAAGCCCAUUUACAUUAUUUUUGGCCCAAUUUUUUAACCUAAAUCAAACUAUAUCUACUGGACGCCAUUCACACAUGUCGGCAGAUAUAUCGCCGAGAUUCACCCUGUCGAAGCUAAAUCCAUCGCAUCUACGAGCUCCCACUCUGUAGUCGUGUCGACCUCCCACUUGCAUUCCACGCAACAGGUUUUGUUGUUAUCUUUUUGAUAUGGCUGAGAAAAAAUAUAAAAUUGCCUGCAUGAGAGGUGGAAAGUGGGAAACAUUCUAUUAUAAUGGUACCAUGAGUUACAGCGGAUGGCCCGGAACAACACAAAUGCCCGAAACAACACAAAUUUGUAUGACAAUUGAUACGCCAUAUGCGAUGUUUGUUGACCAUAUUAGAGAGAAGAUGCUUUUCAUUCCCGGUCAAGAAAUGGAUCUACGCUAUAUCGUUCAUCAAGGAGCAAGACGAACGAGAAUUAUAGGUGCGAUCUUAAGGAAUGAGAGACACUAUCUCUCAUUCCUUCAACACGUAACAAGACUCCCACGACAUCAGAGUGUCCUAAUGACCGCCGAUCUAUUAACGUAUGCUUCUGUUUUCAGCAGGUCUCACAAGUUAAGGAUGGAUGAAACUGAUCCUGUUAACCAAAGACAAAGCAUAAGAGAUGUAAAGGCUGGAAGCAUGGAGCAGAAACUUAAAGCACUUCUUCUACAAAAUCCAUAUACACUUGAAUUAUACGAGGGUGAAGAAGAAACGGGAUCCGAGGGUGAAGAAGAAAUGGGAUCCGAGGGAGGUCAACCGUAUGGUUUGUAUCAAUGGAAAGACCUAAAGAGCAUGCUUCAUGCCAGCGAUGAAGAAUUAAACUCUGCUCUUAGACUUGUUUCAGCUGUAGAGGUUAAUGGGUGUUGGAGAAUUGUUGAUGAUUUGUGCAUUGGUAGAGUGCUAUAUUCUCUUGUAUGGAAAGCAAAUGCGCUAAACUGGUCUUUAAGCUCACUUGAUGGAGAUAGAUUUCACCCUUGGGGAUGCUCUCCAGCUGUUGCACGCCAUUGUCUGGAACUGUAUGCUAGUACAACCGAUGGGAAGGGUUGGGAAUUGGAUACCAAACGGGUUUCUUUGGAACUUGCACGAUGGGUGUUAAAAAGUAAUGGGAAUAAAAUGGAACUCCGGAAAUUUAUGGAUCAUUGGAGUUAUGUAGGAUUGCCAGUGAAUUUGGAUAUGUUGAAAGAGGAAAUUUUGUUAGCAGACCAUGGAGAUCAUGCUUGUGUUUAUUUGCUAUCAGACCAUAAAACUCUUACAUCAGUGUCCGAAGCCUGCCCUCCCGACCUCCGAAAUCCUAGCAGGUGUGAUGAAAUGGUACUUGCUGAGAUUGAACUUUAUGCCUUACAAAGACUAAGAAUAAUAGAUGAAGAUGCUGGAACGUUGGAGCAGAGACUUAAGACACUUCUUCUAGAAAAUCCUUACUCACUUGCAGAAGACGCGGGAUUUGAGGCUGGUCCGCCAUCCCGUUUGUAUAAAUGGGGUUGCCUAAAGAGCAUGCUUUACGUUACUGAUGAAGAACUAAAAUCUGCUAUUAGGCUUGUUGGAGCAGUAGAGAUUAAUGGGUAUUGGAGAAUUGUUGAUGAUUUGUGCUUUCAUGCAGUGCUAUACCAAAUUGUCUCUGGCUACGCGGGUUUCGACCCACUUGAUGGAAAUGAGAUUGUUGAAUAUCUAGUGGGCUAUUGUAGAUUCUCUCGAGUUCUUGCACGCCAUUGUUUGGAACUUUAUGCUAGUACAACAGAUGGGAGGGUUUGGGAAUUGGAUGCCAAACGGGUCCGGGUGGAACUUGCACGAUGGCUAACAAAACUGAACGGCAACAGAAUGGAAAUCAACAAUUUUAUGGAUAUGUGGGGUCAUAUAGCAAUGUUAGAAAGGCCAGUGAGUUUGGAUAUCCUGGAAGGGGUAAUUCUGGUAAAACAAGAUGGAGAUCAGUCUUGGGUUUAUUUGCCAUCAGUGUAGGUGACGCUAGAUAGAAGAACUCAACCUGCUGCAGAUGCUGAUGCUGCUGCUGAGCUGAGCAAGUUGGUUUUGUGACUUUCAAGAAUUAACAACUUUUGUUUCUCUCUCUCAUGUUUGAUGUUUUGUAUGUGUUUUUAUCACAUAACAAUGUUUGAUGUUUAAACUUGAAACCCCAAGGUAUACAAUACUUAAAAAUCAAAAGUUUGCGACACUGCAAACUUUUAUCGACAUGCAAACUGCAAACUUUUAUU